AUGUCUGCUGAUACUAUCGCAGCGCUGGAGGCGCGUGUUGUCGCUGCUGAGCGGCUUGCCCAGCGGGCUUACGACCGCGGCGCUGUGGAGAAUGUCUUUAGCAAGUACAUGCACCUGCACAACGUCUUUGAAGACGAGCAGAUCAAGCCGUUGUGGGUGAAGCGUGGGACGCCAGGCAUUCACGCGCAGUAUACCAAUGUUGGUGUGUACACGGACUACGACAGCGUCAUGGCAUACCACUCGGGGCGGCCCUCACCCAAGGGGAAACUGAUCUUACACGAGACGACAACCCCACUCAUUGAGGUGGCUGAGGAUGGCCAGACGGCCAAGGGCUUCUGGCUCAUGGCGGGCCUGGAGUCUGGCCUGGCUGACCCGGCCAACGUCGGCGCAAUGCCCGAGAAUCUCUAUGAACCUGUCGACAAGAAUGUAGAUGGUAAGCGUGUCUGGACGCAUUGGGUAUGGUGCCAGUAUGGGUUGGACUUCCUGAAACAGGACGGCGUGUGGAAGAUCUGGCACUUCAGGUGUCUGGAGGUCUCGCGAGCUCCGUUCAGCGAGAACUGGAUUACAUUUGCAGCCAAGAACCAAGUCGCCUUUGAAAAAGACUUGGCCUAUUUCGGUGACGACGGGAAGGCAGUCUUUAUGCCUACGCCAGAUGAGCCGGCUACGAAGAAAGCUGACAUAUAUGGGCCCGAUCGCGUCCGUAAAUUGGACGUUGCUCUGCCUAUUCCCUAUAAAACCUUUAGUGAUGUUGAAGAGUAUUGA